CGCGCGGCGGGCGGAAGUGAGGUCGUGGGCUGCGGUGUCUGCGCAGCGUCGGCGGUAGCGCGGGCCGCGGCCAGGCGAGCGGGAGGCAGCGCGGGCCUAGCGGUCGGCCGCGUCUGUGCGUCUUCUGGGCACUGCCCGUCGCCGAGCCACACGCCGUGCCGGCUCGGGCCGGCGCGCGCCGGUGCCGGAGGCGCAGGCCAUCUUCUUGAAAUCAUGAAUCCUGUUUAUAGCCCUGGGUCUUCUGGGGUUCCCUAUGCAAAUGCCAAAGGAAUUGGAUAUCCAGCUGGUUUUCCUGUGGGCUACGCAGCAGCUCCUGCCUAUUCUCCUAACAUGUACCCUGGAGCAAAUCCUACCUUCCAAACAGUGCUGGAGAUUGAACCCAGGGUCUUGCACAUGUUAGGCUACACUCCUGGUACACCUUAUAAAGUAUCCUGUUCCCCAACCAGCGGAGCUGUGCCACCAUACUCCUCCUCCCCCAAUCCCUACCAGACGGCCGUGUACCCAGUGAGAAGUGCCUACCCCCAGCAGAGCCCGUAUGCCCAGUUGUCUCUGUUUUCCCCACAGCAAGGCACGUACUAUACACAGCCUCUGUAUGCAGCACCCCCUCACGUCAUUCACCACACCACGGUGGUGCAGCCCAAUGGCAUGCCAGCAACUGUCUACCCUGCUCCCAUCCCUCCUCCUAGAGGCAGCGGGGUCACCAUGGGCAUGGUUGCUGGGACCACAAUGGCCAUGUCAGCAGGUACUCUGUUGACUGCUCAUUCUCCAACUCCUGUCGCCCCUCACCCAGUCACUGUCCCCACAUACCGAGCCCCAGGAACACCCACCUACAGCUAUGUGCCCCCUCAGUGGUGAUUACCCUGCAAAUUAAUAUUUGAGGAUGGAGCUGUGCAGUCACUUCAUUGGGUUCCACAGCUGGUGCUGCAGGCCUUGUGCCUCCAACCAGGACUUUCUUCUUAAUGCUCUCGACACUUAGCUAAACACGACUGCAUCCCAGCCCAGCAGGUCCCAGCUCGCUAGUCUCCAACUAACUCUGGGUUGGUUUUAAAGCAAAUCCUGUUUUGUGGACUGCCUGGCAAAUUUUUUAGCUAACUGUAAUGAUAAAAAGGGAGUAUUGCUCUAUUCUGAAUCAUAUCUAGUUGAAUGCAUGUUUAUAAAAACAAACACAAAAAGCUUGCUCAAUCUACCUGCAGUGGCUGAUGCAAAACCAUCACAUGCAGAAUCCAAAGGACUGGACUGUGUUCUACAGCCUGUGCCACUCAUGCACUGUUGUCAUGUAUGCUGAGUCUCCAAGUUACAUGUGUGCAAGUGAAUGUCCUCAAGAAGCACCUAGAGUACUGAAGGGGAUUCUUGGGGUGAUGAGGGUUGCCAGGUAGGGACACAGACUUGUAGUUUUUGGCACUGACGCACCUGGAGGGAGCUGCAGGGACUGGGAGAGAGUGAGUCUGUGGUGGCUCCAGAGCAGCAGCAGGUAUAGUAGGGUCCUCUCCUUCAUUUCAGCUCAAGUACGGUCUGAGAAGCAGGGAUGUACUGAAGCCCACCAGGAAAUACGAGAGCUGGGAGCCAGUAGAGCUGGGAUGAAGAGUGGUCUGUGUGUCAGGAGAGCAGUGUCUCUGCCAUCUGAAUUUCCAUUGUGCAUCUUACAGGAUAUGUUCUGUGUAUCUGUUGGGAAAGUCCAGUGUAGAACUAAACUGUCUUCCCAGGAAGGAGGAUGUCAAAGAGGAGCGGCCACACUGAGGUGGUAUUGUCUUUUGCUUUAUUUCGCUUAGGGAAUCGUCCCUUUCUUUCCCCCUGAGAAAUAAUUGAGUCCGCUAAAAACACACAAGCACAGCUGUAUUCACCCACAAAGAAGGGCAGAGAUGUCAGUUGUGUGCUGUGGGGAGUGGUGUAUAUUUAAGACUGGUUAAAAGGGAAUAAGUGUAUUUUAAGUUAGUUCCCAUGUUUCUUGUAGAGAAGCAGGGCUGAGAUUAUGUCUAAAAAUGUAGAAGUAAUGUAGCUUGUCCCGGGGUCAUUUACCUGAUGACGACCUGUCCUUUUGUGUCUAGCUGGGGUGAGGCCUUGAAAGUCUGUAUAAAUGUCCUGUGAGCCUAUUUUGCCACCUUUUUCUGACAGCACUCAGAACCAAGCAGAUGUGGAGAGUGGAAAGGGCCAGACAGUUUUGGACUAUACUUGCCUAUCCAGAUGUGUUGUGGGAAAGAUUUUGAGUGUGUAAUCUGAGUAUGUACAUAAAAUAUCAAGAAGGUUCUUUUUACCUGUAUAUGCCCAGCUUGAAUCUGUGAGAGUGUUUCUGUUCAGUGUGGGUCAGAAGGGCAGGACCUUUCUGGGGGCCGUCAAGUGGGGAUGUGUUUUGUUCCCCCGUUGAAGUGCUUGGGCUUUGGUUGGAAGGGGUGCUUGUCUCUGGCAGCAAGGUCAGGGCUUCCAAGUUGGUGUGGAGGAGGUUGCCUCAUUAGCAAUCAACUUGACUAGAGGGUGGGUCAUCCGAACAUUGAGCCUUUGGAAACCUUAUUUUUAUAGUCGUGCUCUUCCAUAAUUUGUUUCUAGCAUUUUAUUUUAUAAGAAGUUGUGGAAAAUUUCUGCAUGGAUCAGUAUAAACACAAGAGUUCUCAUUCCUAAUAUCCAUGGACAUAGAAUGUUUAUGGAUGAAUAUGUUUAAUUGCCUCAUGAGCACCUAACCGUGUGUGGGGGGUGAGUGUGUGUGUGCGCGCGCAUGUGUGUAGAGUAAGAAUGCACACAGUGCACAGAGAUAGAAACAUUUGCUGUAGACACACAGCUUGUAUCUGUACUUCAUGUUGGGAUUUCCAUCUGUGCGGUGGAUAGUUUGCAGUGUUGCUGGUUCCAAGGUUUCCCUGGACCCAACAGAGAGAGGGUGGUUUUCCCAAGUGAAUGAUCAUAGAUAGUGGAACAAAUGUACCCGUGAUUUUCGCAUGUGUUUUAAAAGGUUCCCUCACCCAUCCCAACAUACCUGUCUCUCUGCCUGUGAAGGGUAGGGUUGUUUGCCUACAGCAGGAAGUUAGCAAGUCCUUGGGUCUGCUCGCAGCUGCACACAGUGUGUGUUUCCACAGGCCCCGAGUUCUCAGGAGAAAGAAUAGUGGGAUGUUAUCCCCUCCUGCUGAUCCCUCAGCUUCACACACUUGCCCUGUAACUGGUAACAGACCAUUCUUUUUCUUUCAAAUUGAAUUGAGUGACUAUCAGACACUUGCGUAUUAUCCAGCUCAUCUGUGUGGAAGCCUUUUCUGUUGUGAAACCAUCAGGCCAUCACCUGUGGAAUCUGCUGGGGACAGAUCUGUCAGGUGAAAAUCUGGGCAUACAGAUAGUAACAGACUGUCACAGGUGGUGUUCAACAGCAGUCAGUCUAAAGUUUAGGACUAGAACUCGGGCCAGUAUUCUAUUACACAGCUGCAUAGGUAUCCCCAAAACACUGAGGAACAUUCCAAGAAAGUGUGCUUUUUAUGUGUGUAACAUUCCCAACUAGAGUCCUUCAGCUAAAUUCUUUUAGAAAGUAAGGCAGGCAGGCAAAGGGCCUGAUUCUGUGAACAUGGACAUCGUUGCUUGGGUUUUUUCUUAAUUUUUAAAGUUUAUUCUCUGCUGCCUCCCCUGAGGCUAGGGAGCUUUCUUCCUCUGCUGCUAUUUGUAGUUUAAAGCUCAGUAGCGCUGUUGGGUUUUUAAAGAACCUGCGAGCUCCCUGAGAAGUAAGGCCACCGUCAGGAUUGGGCUGGAAGGAGUGCUCUUCCAGAACUUUUGUCUCCUGUCUUGUGGUCUUCCUUGGAAGAAUCAUUGAGUGGCUGUUGGCUGACCAGUUAGCAUUCUGGGGAGCAGCUAUUGAGUGUUUUGCGGAGGUGGUGUUUCUAACAGGAGGGGUAGUGGAUGUUUCUUUGGGGAUAUGCUAGAGUGAGGGGAAUCUCAUUGGGGAUCUUUGAGCUCACUGGCUUCCGACUUGGGCCUUAGUGAGUGAGUGUGCCUGUGGUUGAGAGAGGCUGGCAGGCAUAAACCUUAAACACUGGCACUGCUUCAGAUUUCCUCAGCUCUCCUUUCUGAAUAUUGGAGUACAGUAUUACUUGUGGGACCACCUCUCAUUCGGCAGCUGACGUCUGUAGUUGUGUACCUGGCACUGCUGGAUGGCACAGGACCUCCUAGGGUGCAGUGGCAGUUACAGCUGCUGGUCCUUUUCUCUGGUGCUUUCUGAAGGUUGCUAGAGGGCAGCUGGCUGAACAGUGGAGUGUGGAGCUUACUCACGUCUAGCGCACCUCCCAGGUUUGCAUAGUUCUUGAAUUACUUCUCCUGCCCAGUCUUCGACGUUUGAUGGACUGAUUCCCAGAAAGAAUAAUAUGGUUUCAUAGGAACAGUUAAAAUUAUUCCCCAUAUCUUAGAGGAUUCCUUUCCCCCUACCCCUCUUCAUUUGAAGAACAGAAAACCUGUGGAAUAAAUCUUACUAGAAUUAUGGGAUGGGAGGCAGCAGCUUUUUGGUCUAGGAACUGCCGUAGUUGUACAUGAGAUGCGAGGACCUGAUUGGCAUAACAGGCAGCUCCCAGGGAAGGGCUGUGGGUGGGUCUGGUGCAGACUGUGGGCAGUAUAAUAGACCAGUUAGGUCACACUGGGGACUGGCUCCCAGAAGGGUUAUUGUGGCAGCUGGAGGCCCCAAGGAGCCUGAUAGGCUGUGACUGAACAGAAAAGGUUCUUCUUUUUUUAAACUUUUAUUUUUAAAUAAUCUUUUUUACACUGUUUUCUUGGUACUUUUUUUAUGCUUAAGUCAGCAUUGUCUUCCAGUGUUAAAGGCAUCCCUUGCCUCUUCAUUGAACUUAUGUGUCAAUACAAUAGGAAUGGACAGACUGUCCAUCCCGAGCCAGUUCAACUAAAUGUAAAUUCAUACUGUUUUAAUUUUUUAUGCAAUCUGAUGAGUAGAUGAGCUCAGAUUUAAAAUCCUUAAAAGCACGUUUAUUGUAACAGGAAUUGUUAUGUAUUAAUACUGCAGUUUUCAAUAAAGAUUGACUUGUGUUGCA